UUCUACAUAACAGAAUUAGCAGUUUGCUAAAUAUAAACCACUGAAUAUGAUUGAUGAUCAUACCCUCCACCAAAUAACAAUAUACUCCAAAAAAACUGGCCACACAUAUAACAACUCACCCUUUCUCUCUUUGAUGAUCUUUUUUGUCUGGCUCUUUUCUUCAACCACACGCUAUCCAACAAUCUCCCCUCAUUACUUCUUAUAUUUGUUCUUCCUCAUCCCUCUCUCUUCUCUCUUUCCUUCCCACCCAGGAAGGAUGGAGACAAGAAAGAAACCAAUCUUUGAUUUUUCUCCAAAGCCUUCCAUGGCUCUCCUCAUGGCUAUUAUCCUCUUCCUCUCAGGUACUGUAGUGUCUGCAGCAGGACCUGCUACCGGUUUUAAACCGGCAGAUGAUAUCCUCAUUGACUGUGGAAGCAAAUCUUCAUCCAAAACCCCUGAUGGAAAAGUCUUCAAGAGUGACCAAGAUACGGUCCAAUACAUAGAAGCCAAGGAUGAUAUUCAGGUCUCGGCCCCACCUUCAGACAAGGUCGCAUCUCCUAUCUACCUAACUGCAAGGAUCUUCCGUGAAGAAGCCAUCUACAAGAUCUUCCGUGAAGAAGCCAUCUACAAGUUCCAUCUGACCCGACCUGGUUGGCAUUGGGUUCGUCUCCAUUUCUUGGCCUUCCCUAACGACAAGUUUGAUCUCCAACAAGCGACUUUCUCCGUUCUAACGGAGAAGUAUGUGUUGCUUCAUAACUUUAAGAUUACUAACAACAACAAUGAUAGCCAAGCUGUUCUCCAGAAGGAGUAUCUCGUCAACAUAACGGAUGCACAGUUCUCCCUCAGGUUCAGACCUAUGAAAACCUCUGCAGCGUUCAUCAACGCUAUUGAAGUUGUCUCAGCUCCGGACGAACUGAUCUCUGAUUCAGGCACAGCCCUUUUCCCGGUUAACGGUUUCUCUGGUCUGUCCGACUACGCUUACCAGUCUGUUUACAGAGUCAACGUUGGUGGUCCUUUGAUCAUGCCUCAGAAUGACACGUUAGGAAGAACAUGGAUACCAGAUAAGGAGUUCUUGAAAGAUGAGAACCUGGCCAAGGACGUUAAGACGACCCCUUCAGCAAUCAAGUACCCUCCAGGAAUUACACCUUUGAUUGCUCCACAGACGGUUUAUGCAACAGCUGCUGAAAUGGCUGACUCUCACACCAUAGCUCCUAACUUCAACGUCAGCUGGAACUUCCCUUCGAACCCUUCCUUUAACUACCUCAUCAGGCUUCACUUCUGCGACAUCGUUAGCAAAUCUCUCAAUGACCUUUACUUCAAUGUGUACAUCAACGGCAAAACUGCCAUCUCUGGGCUGGAUUUGUCCACUGUGGCAGGCGAUCUCUCAGCUCCUUACUACAAAGACAUUGUUGUGAACGCGACGCUUAUGAGUCCUGAGCUGCUAGUCCAGAUUAGUCCCAUGGGAGAAGAUACAGGUACUCCAAACGCAAUCUUGAAUGGAGUUGAGGUCUUGAAGAUGAGCAACUCCGUGAACAGCCUUGACGGAGAGUUUGGAGUUGAUGGUAGAACCACUGGCAUGGGGAAACACGGUAUGGUUGCGACCGCGGGGUUUGUGAUGAUGUUUGGAGCUUUCAUUGGUCUUGGAGCCAUGGUUUACAAAUGGAAGAAGAGGCCACAAGAUUGGCAGAAGAGAAACAGUUUCUCCUCUUGGUUGCUUCCGAUACACGCUGGUGACAGCACUUUCAUGUCAAGCAAAGGCGGUUCUCAAAAAUCAAACUUCUACAACUCAACCAUGGGGCUAGGCCGCUCUUUCUCCCUUUCUGAACUUCAAGAAGCCACAAAGAACUUCGAAGCGUCUCAGAUUAUCGGUGUUGGAGGGUUCGGUAAUGUCUAUAUUGCGACCCUUGACGAUGGAACCAAAGUUGCUGUCAAGCGAGGUAACCCACAGUCUGAACAAGGAAUCACUGAGUUUGAGACAGAGAUCCAGAUGCUUUCUAAGCUCAGACACAGACACUUGGUCUCCUUGAUUGGUUACUGUGAUGAAAACUCAGAGAUGAUUCUAGUCUAUGAGUUCAUGUCCAAUGGUCCAUUCAGAGAUCAUUUGUACGGAAAGAACCUUGCUCCUUUGACCUGGAAACAGCGUCUUGAGAUCUGUAUCGGUUCAGCACGUGGGCUUCACUAUCUGCACACAGGAACAGCGCAAGGGAUUAUCCACCGUGACGUCAAAUCAACCAACAUUCUUCUUGAUGAUGCUUUAGUUGCCAAAGUAGCUGACUUUGGUCUUUCUAAAGAUGUAGCAUUUGGACAGAACCAUGUCAGCACGGCAGUGAAAGGAAGUUUUGGGUACUUGGACCCUGAAUACUUUAGAAGACAACAACUUACCGAUAAGUCUGAUGUUUAUUCAUUUGGUGUCGUUCUUCUGGAAGCUCUCUGCGCAAGACCAGCCAUCAACCCUCAGCUACCAAGAGAACAGGUUAACUUGGCUGAAUGGGCUAUGCAGUGGAAACGAAAAGGGAUGCUCGAGAAGAUCAUGGAUCCUCAUUUGGCUGGAACCAUAAACCCUGAAUCGAUGAAGAAGUUCGCUGAAGCUGCAGAGAAGUGUUUGGAAGAUUAUGGUGUUGAUAGGCCAUCGAUGGGAGAUGUUUUGUGGAACUUGGAAUAUGCUCUUCAGCUUCAAGAGGCAUUCACUCAGGGCAAAGCAGAGGAGAAUGAGAACGGUGAGCCAGGUGUUGUGGUUCCGCCAGCAGAUACAACUCCAAUCACUCCUGCAGUCACCACCAACGCCACGGCUGCGGCUAGUGUUCCAGUUGCUUCUAAGGUGGAAGAGAACAAUGGUGCAGCCGAGCCUCAGGCCGUGGAUGAACACUCUGGUACAACCAUGUUUACUCAGUUUGCUAGCCUUAACGGAAGAUAAACAAAAAAACAAGUGACAGAUGACUAAUUUAAAAAAAAAAACAGAAGAAAAAGAAUGCAACAAAACGAAUUUGUUACCAUUAACAGUAAUUGAAAUGGAAAAGAAUGACUGUUUGUUUCUUAUUAUGCUUUUGUGAUAUUUUAUAUUUUUUUUGGUGUAUUAUGUCAAAUUUCUGUAUUUUUUUGUAUGAAUUGUAAUUCGUGGGUGGAUAUGUAUUUGUAUGUAUACUACUAAAUGCUCUGAUGCAUUUAUCUACUUAUCCUCCUUUGUUGUAGGUGUUAAUCUUUUUUUUCUUCUGUAGUUGUUAAUCUUAGCCGGUUGCAAAUACAACUUCAUAUUAAAA